CUCGAAGGUAACAACUUCCCUGCGAUGCUGACGCCGCUGCUAUAUAUCUCUACAACAGCUUCGUCCAUUUUCAUUGAAGCUGUUGGUAUAUUGAGCGCCUGAAGAAGCCCCCCAACCCCCAAGAUGGCGAACCAUACCCCCGCCGUUGUCAUGGACAACGGCACAGGUUUCUCGAAGCUCGGGUUCGCUGGGAAUGACUCGCCGUCCUUCGUAUUCCCUACCGCCAUCGCGACCAAGGGCGGGGCACCAGGAGCCGGAGGCACUGGAUCUGGCCGCCCAGGUGUCGGAGCGAAGCCAUCGUUUCUCACUGGUGGAACUGGAUCAGGUGGUGGAAACCUAUCUAUGAAGAGAGGGACAGAGGACCUGGACUUCUUCAUCGGUGACGAGGCCUUGGCAGCCGCGAAUGGACCAGGAUACGGAAUUCACUAUCCCAUUCGCCACGGUCAAGUUGAGAACUGGGAUCACAUGGAGCGCUUCUGGUCGAACUCGAUAUUCAAAUACCUGCGCGUUGAGCCAGAAGACCAUCACUUCCUGCUCACCGAACCUCCGCUAAACCCACCGGAGAACCGCGAGAAUACCGCCGAGAUUAUGUUCGAAUCGUUCAACUGUGCCGGUCUAUACAUCGCUGUCCAAGCAGUGCUCGCCCUCGCUGCCUCGUGGACCUCCUCGAAGGUAUCCGACCGGUCUCUUACCGGAACGGUUAUCGACUCUGGUGAUGGUGUUACCCACGUCAUUCCCGUUGCUGAGGGAUACGUUAUCGGCUCAUCCAUCAAGUCCAUCCCAAUCGCCGGUCGUGAUAUUACCUACUUCGUGCAAUCCCUGCUGAGAGACCGCGGCGAGGCAGACUCGAGCUUGAAGACUGCUGGAGAGAUCAAGGAAGAAUACUGUUACGUUUGCCCCGAUAUUGUUAAGGAGUUCAGCAGGUUUGAUAAGGACCCCACACGUUUCGUGAAGCACCUUGUCACCCAGCCCGGCGGAAGGAAGGUCUCGGUCGACGUUGGCUACGAGCGUUUCCUGGCCCCAGAGAUCUUCUUCAACCCCGAGAUCUACUCCUCCGAUUUCCUGACCCCCCUCCCACAAGUGGUCGACACCGUCAUCCAAACCUCGCCCAUUGAUGUGCGUCGUGGCCUCUACAAGAACAUUGUCCUAUCGGGUGGAUCCACUCUCUACAAAGAUUUCGGUCGCCGGUUACAGCGCGACAUCAAGCAUCUCGUUGACGCUCGCAUCCGCGCCUCGGAAGCGAAGAGCGGAGGCGCAAAGUCUGGCGGCCUGGAGGUACAGGUUAUUACGCACAAGCGCCAGAGACAUGGUCCAUGGUUUGGUGGAAGUUUAUUGGGACAGACGCCCGAGUUCAGGAGUUACUGCCACACCAAGGCGGAGUAUGAUGAGAUAGGCCCAUCCAUUGUGCGGAGAUUUGCUCUGUUGGGAGGUCCAGGUGGCUCAUAGAGUGAGAUGGGUUCGGGAGGUAGUGAGUGGGUGAGAUAGGGGGGAGGAAAAGCUAUAGAUACUGUAGUUUCAAGCGCCAUUGAAGUUGAUAUUGACUUAUGCUACGGCUGGUGACUAUCCUGCCUGAGAAAGCCUUGGACAUUCCAAAAAGGCUACAGCCUCAUCAGCAUAACCGGACUCUGUUAGAGUGGAUUCUGCUCCCAGUCUAGAGGGAUGUCAGGAUUGGUGGCAGAGCUAGAGUUUGAUUCUGUCAUUUAUCCCUUAUAUUUGUGGCCAUGGCCUGAUUGAGGUCACUAUGACGGAGAGUUGUCAAGGGACCCUUGCAAUGGCACCGGUCCCAGGGUUUUGACAACCCCUAGUCCCCUCACAUAUUCUAUUUAAUUCGCUAUAGGUUUUCACAUACGAUUGGAGCAAGGGAGUGAGUGAAGACGGAUAUCUCCUUCUUUGGUGCUUCGGGAGAAGUUAUAACCUGUCACGACACCACCUACGUAAUGGGGCCUGAAAGUCACCUGUUCAGGGCAUUCCGUAUGUUGUCAUUCGGGACCAUAACUUUGUUUUCCUAAUGUCUGAAAUAAUCCCAUAUUAUAAUUUAUAGCUAUAGGGCAGCCUUGUAUUUGCAGUUACCAAGUCGACUACGGCAAUCGUGGGCAAUCACAGACUAUGGACAAUUUACCAGAUACUCAGUGGGCACAAGUUGCCCAAGGUCCCGGUGACAGUAGGCUCUACCCCCUGUUCUCUCUUCAUGUCUCUCGACAUGACCUUUCCUCUGUCAGAGAAAGGCGGUCAUUAAGCUGUCUUAGAGGUCGAAUACAAGAAGAUCCCUGUCCCUAUCCCCGCAGAUGAAGUCCUAGUUAAUAUAAAAUUCUCUGGGGUUUGCCAUACGUGCGUCUCCUAUACUCUCAUCACAUAUCAAAGCAUCACAAAGAUCGUGCUAAUAGAAUAGCGAUUUACACGCCCUGGCCGGAGACUGGCCUCUCAAAACCAAAUGGCCCUUAAUUGGAGGCCAUGAAGGCGCCGGCGUCGUAGUCGAGCGCGGCGAACUCAUCAGCGAUGUCAAAAUCGGAGACCAUGUCGGUGUAAAAUGGCUGAACGGUUCCUG